AUGAAGGUUUUUGUCAAGACUUUGAAGGGCACUAACUUCGAGAUCGAAGUGAAACCCGAAGAGAUGGUUGCUGAUGUCAAGAAAAUUAUUGAGACCGUACAGGGUGCAGAUGUGUACCCUGCCUCACAACAGAUGCUUAUUCAUCAGGGGAAAGUUCUUAAGGACACCACAACUCUAGAAGAAAAUCAAGUUGCUGAAAAUAGUUUUAUUGUGAUAAUGUUAACCAAGAAUAAGGCAUCACCAAGCGGAGCCUCCAGUACAAAAGGUGCAGCCACAAGUCAGGCUCAACCUGCUAGUACUCCUACCUCGACAGCCCCACCAGUAGCAACUCCAGCUCCUGUGCGAGCUGUGGCAGAGUCACAGCCUGUCGUUGAGACUCCUGCUGUUGCAGCUCCCACCGAUUCUUCAAGAUCAGAUGUGUAUGGCCAAGCUGCAUCAAAUCUUGUUGCAGGAACUAAUUUAGAGGCUACCGUUCAGCAGAUUCUAGAUAUGGGCGGAGGAAGUUGGGAUCGUGAUACAGUUGUCCGUGCUUUACGUGCUGCUUUCAACAACCCUGAAAGGGCUGUUGAGUAUUUAUAUUCUGGCAUUCCUGAACAAGCUGAAGUCCCACCAGCAGCCCAAGUUCCUGCUGGUGAACAAGCAGCAAAUCCUCCAGCAGCAAAUCCUCCAGCCCAGGCUCCACAACCAGUAGCGCCUACUGGAGGUCCGAAUGCAAAUCCACUAGACCUGUUUCCACAGGGCCUUCCCAAUAUGGGUGCAAAUGCUGGUGCAGGCAAUUUGGAUUUCCUGCGCAACAGUCCACAGUUCCAAGCUUUGCGAGCUAUGGUGCAAGCAAACCCUCAAAUUCUCCAGCCUAUGCUUCAAGAGUUAGGGAAACAAAAUCCGCAUCUAAUGCAGCUCAUUCAAGCACAUCAAGCUGACUUCUUACGCUUGAUAAAUGAGCCUGUUGAAGGCGGUGAAGGGAACCUAUUGGAGCAGUUGGGUGCAGCAGUGCCACAGGCUGUGACCGUCACCCCUGAGGAGCGAGAGGCCAUCGAACGUCUUGAAGCUAUGGGUUUCGAUCGGGCCCUUGUGUUGGAGGUAUACUUUGCAUGCAACAAGAAUGAGGAGCUGGCGGCCAACUAUCUUUUGGAUCACAUGCAUGAGUUUGAGGAAUGA